AUGAGUGUUGGAUACAAGAAAGAGAAAGAAGAAAAAGAAAAGCAAGUAAAGGUGAAAAUUCCUCCAUCUCGAACGCCACGACCUCCUCGGCAGUCUCGCAAACGCCGUCCAUCCACCCCGCCUCCCCCUUCCGUUCCCGUCAACCAUCCUACUAUUGAAGUUUCAUCAGACCCAUCUGAGCCUAUUGGGUUUGGAGCGGGCGACUAUCCUCUUCUUCCACUUCCAGAUAAAUCAGCACGGACCAGUCCACAUCUCGAGGGUAGGGCAAGUUUUGAUAAGAGGAUAAGCCUCCCUCCUUCGCUCAGGCAUUCCUACGACGGCAAGCGCAUUUCCAAUCCUCCACAGGAGACCGAGGCUGGACCGUCGGAACUUAAACCCAAAGCCGAAAAAGCCAAAUUCACUGGUUUGAGGAAGCGCGGCCAAAGUGUUACCAAGCGGGCGCGAGCCAUAAGCUUUGGGCUUGUCCGACCCGAUACGUCCGAAAGCUCCAAUCAGAAGCUUGACAAGGGAAAGGGAAAGGCCACUAUGCCCCCAAUGGGAAUUGAUGAUUCCAAGAGGUCAUUCUCUAAAGACCUAGAGAGAGGACCCUCAGUUCUAGGUCACCGACAUAAUGGAUCAAAUGUAUCACUCCCACCAGGCAUGAUCUCGGGCGUAUCCUCCAGCAAUUCUUCUAUUCUAGGUGACCCCGAUCAACCAGAUCUAGGCGAAGAAUGGGGACCUCAACAUCCGUGUUAUCCACAUCUAAAUCCCCAUGUACCUAUCAAUUCUCCGGAAUAUGCGAGUACGCGGAUUAUACGCAUCCGAAGAGAUUGGCUAGUUGAAGGGGACUUGGCGCCUACCUUCUCGAAUCUCUAUCCAGAAAUUCUGGAUCCGGCGGGUGUAUCAGAGCAGGAGUUCCGACGGGUCAUCGAAAAGCUCAACGGAGACCUCGUACCUAUCUUUAGUCCCUAUAACUGGAGAAACAUACUCGAUGGCGUAUUAGGCUUGCUUACGGGUUGGAUAUGGGACGAUUUGGGCCUUACACAUACCAAGAUGAGAUUGCGUCAGUUGGAGGAUUGGAUCGACAAAUGGAAUAUGGAGAUGGAGAAGGCAGUAGGCUCAGACGAGGGUAUAAUUGCUCCCAAAAUCAUUUCUUUAAGACGUACGGGAUAUAUGAAUCUCGACUUUCAAAUUCCUGAUCCAGAGAUAGCACCAGCUUCAACCGAGGCGUCGGGGUCAAGGUCCGGUCCAAAUUUACCAGUUGAACCUCAGCCAGCUGUAUUACAUGUGCCACCCAUCGAGGCAUAA